GGUUAGAGUGCGCAUGCCCUUGACCACCAUAUCGAACUGGGGAGCGGCGAGGCCACGAGGAGGUAAGUACUGACUUCUGUAUUUCACAUUAUAAGUUUCUCCUGAGUUAAAUACUUGUUUUUUUCUCGGUGUUUUUAAAUUCUGUAAACUAUUUAGACGGAACAGAAUGAAUAAAACAUAUAUAAAAAAGGUUUUAAGUAAUGGCGAGUUGAGGAGGUCAUUUCAGCUAAUGCUAGCACCGCGGCCUGCAUCCUUCAUGUACCUUCAUGUGGCUUUUAUACCUAUUUGCAUUGUAUGCUAUAGUAUCAACCUCCAGGCACAGUAGUCAUUGAAAUAUAUAAACUUAAAAUGCAUGCUUGUUGCAUUGUAGGGAUAAAUCGCGUGAGAAUAAGAUGUAAAAAGAUAUUUCCAUCGUUCUUGCGGGACUUCACUCGUUAGCAGGUGUUCUGGAAAUUGCUGGUUCAUAGUAGCCUAGCCCCGUAUGUUGGAGGCUAUUGAUUCGCGCUAUGUAUUUUCGGUUUUUGGUGACUUGAGGGGGGGGGGGGGGUAAGUUUAUGUUUAAGACCUUUUUUAAUGAACAAGUUUAUCUAAACUAUAUUCUGAAAACUUUGUAGAGUACCAAUGCCUUAAACCGAAGUGUUCAAGGUAAUCUGGUUGUACGCAUGCGCAGAUCCGAUGAGUAAGCACAUUUCAGCAGGUAACGUCACUCGGUAAAACACCGAGAGUAGCUCUAAUUACUUAAUUUAUAACAGGCGGCAACUUUUGCGUUAACUCCGGCCAAUUUUAUUCAAUAGUGGUCAUAUUAAGAAAAUAUUUGUAUUACUCAACACAUUGCAGCAUUUAAACGUGAAUUAGUUGGUUUCACCGGUCUUGUCGCUGUUAUUUUACCCGCUACUCCGAGCUAAAUUUAACCCAGUUUACUGAAAACGUGCCCUGCCACGUUAUUCGCAAAGGUAAGCCUAUCAUGGAAGCUAAAUGUUACUGUGACGCUUGCUAAAGACAAGAAAUGUGAUAUUUUAAUUUAGUUAUCCGAAAAGAAAUGGACUUAUGAUACCCGUGGCCUGAUUUCCCUGGUGUGGGGUACCUUGGAGUAACUAAAGCCAGUUUUGUUUGUAAUUUUUCUAGAUUGAAGAAAAAUGGAUGACUGGGAAGAAACGGUAAGCCAGUCUGCUUUUAAAGUGCCAACAGAAGAGCCAUUCUAUAAUUAGGGGUACAUGUCAUUUCCAUGGACUGUAUUUCUUUUUUUCAAUUUGAAGGGCACAUUUCUGUUAUUAAAUACAAAAAGUUUAACAGAUAUCUUUUUUUGUUGUUGUUGUUUUGCAAUAAAUGCAUGUAUUACAUUGGAAUUUGUUGGUUUUAUGCUGUCCGAUUUUCUCAAUGUCAGGUUUAGCUCUUCAGAUUAACAUAAAAUUUAUGUUUUUGUACAGAACUUUUGUAAAUAUUUGUUUAAAGUAAUCACUAAAAUAUGAGAAAGAUGCUUUAAUUUCAACUUUGUCCAUUCAUACACAUUAAAUCAUCCGCUUUGUGUGUGUUUGAGAAACUUUUGUCAACUGUGUUACCCUGUUACCCUGCAGUGCCAGUACAGGGCUCGGCGUGAUGCUGAUCCUGAUAGAAGAGCUGCAUAUUUACAGAAACACAUAAAUCUCUUAAAUGUUGAAUAAACGGUUACAAAAAAGAUGGAGCAGGAAGUCUUACGUAAGAAUGGUGAAUAACUCUAAACUCAGUGUAAUGUGAGUUUAUGUUGAAAAAGGUUGCAGUCUACAUCAUCGUAUCCCAUUACAUCACCAUUAUGAAGCUCAAAAUUUACAAUUUUUUAAAUCCGUUGGACAGAUAAACUCAAAACCCCAGGUGUAUAGACUCAAACACUUUCAAACAAAUGUGUUACCAAAUCUUUAGUAUUUUAUGUAUGUUUUAUAUGACACAACAUAUGUCCGUAACACAGUUGACAAAAUGAUAAAUCAAAUGUUCAUUUUCAUUAAAAUAAAUUAAAAGUCCUUUGAGCCUAAGCUUGCCAAUUAAUUGAUUAAGGGUGUAUAUCAUAGAAACAUCUAGUUAAGUUAUUAAAAAAGGAUACUGAUAUUUUGAGUUUUUGGUCAGCCUGAAAUGUACCCCUAAUUGUAGAAUGACUCAGAAAUAUUUCAUUUUCACAUUAUUUGCUCAAAACAGGAGUGCAAACAUAUAACACAAAUGGCUUAAAUUUUCUCCACAGAGUGCCCCUCCUAGCGGUAGUGGACCGCCUCCCUACAGCUCAAUUGAAGGUAUGAAUUUAUGCAACAUUUAAAGCUGUUAUGAACAUACUUAGGAGUUUUGUAGGUUUGAUUCCAAGAAUUUAGGGGAAAAAAACAAAUCAACAUGGCGUGGAAAACAGCUGAUAUGUAGCAGGUAAAAGUUAGGAAAGUCGGUGCGUUCAUUUCCUGAGUUUUAAUUUAAAUUCAAUAUGAUUUUGAUGUUGUCUUUAGGGACAGAGGGCAACUCCUGGAACACUGGUGGAGGUAAUCAUAGAGCUGAUUAAGGAAUAAUUGACUUUACCCGUCCUGUAGGAAGCAUAAUUCUUGAAGCAUAAUUUUCCUGUGGUUUUUCCCCAGGUCAUGGAGGGAGAGGUCGAGGCAGAGGAGGAGGAUAUAAAAGCUGUUUCUCUUCAGGUGCUCCUUGAGUUCACAGUUAUGGUGGUUAAUGGAGUAACUAAACCUUCACUGACAGAACAAAAAUAUGGAGUGUUUUGUAACAGAAAUGAAGUCUCCAUGUAAAGCUGGGUAGACCUGCAGCCAUUUAUCGAUUGAUUGUAUAAAUCCUCUGAUAACUCAACAAACAUUCUCCAUUUUUUUGGAUAAUUUUGUGUAAUAUCUGGAGGGAAAAGGUGUUAGAAAAAAUUGAUUAGACCUGUAAAAUAUUGAUAAUUCCCUUUUUUUUUCAUUUCCCCUCUGUGACUAUAAACUGAAUCGUAGGCAAAAAAGACAUUUGUGUCUGUCAACAUCUAAAUAUUCUUGCAAAGGUUUGAGAGAAGAGGGUUUAAAACUAUCUGGUCAAAGCUUCUGAAAAUGAAUGACUGUGAGAGCACAUACUCAGUUUUAAGUUCGACCUCUCUUUGGAUCUCUGUGGUUACAAAGAAAUGAGUUGAUCUCUUAACAGUUUUUCAACUAUUUUUGUACAUUUAGUUGACAAAACGACAACAGGCUGCAAACCAUGGUCACAUUUACUGACAGGAAAUCUGUACUUUCAAUCUAUUUGAAAUUACAUAAUACAGAGAAAUGAGCAUUCAGAUAUUUAAGGACAUGAAAGAUUUGGUUUUGUGAAAAUAAAAUUACACUAAAGACAGAAAUGCAUUGAAAGGCACCUUAAGUUUGUAGUUUUCUUAGAUUUGUAACCCCAUUAACAUCAAACUGUUUAGACCACAGCUUGGUAUGUUUCUUUUAACUAAAAUCCAGCAGGUGUGUGUUUUACUGACUUCAUACAGCAAGGUUUAAACAUCACGGCUUCUUGUUUUGCAGGUGGUGACCAGGAUGGAAAUGGUGAGCACGGGGAAGGUAAGGGUUCAGUGGUGUUUGUUUCUUGGCGAACCUUGGCUGAAUGAACCUAACCUCUUUGUGUUUGAUAGAUGGAGAUAACUGGAACCAAUCAGGUGAAGAUGGUGAUGGUUUCAGAGGAAGAGGCAGAGGAAGAGGUAGAGGAAGAGGUGAGACAUCAAGACUGAUUAAUGAUGAUGUGAUGCUUUGAUGGCCAAUAUUCAGGUGUUGAAAGUAAAUGAGCAUGUUUUAACUGACGUAUAUUCUGCUUGGUCGCAAACAGGAUUCGGUGGCUUCAAUCGCAGUGAAUUCCAUGGUAGUACUUUAAUAAGAGCAACUCCAGAUAAUCUCAGUGGAAAUAUUGUUUGGUUAAUAUCCAUUUUGUUUGAAUUUUAUAGGAGACGACAACAAAGGGCAUGAAAAUGGUAAGUGUGAAGUUAAAUCCUGUUACUGUCUCUCACUCAGACAUUGAAAAUUGUUCCAGUUGUCCCUGUUUGGUAUCACCUGCGGUCUGUUUUUAAUCAGGAUUCAGAGGCGGGAGCCGAGGAGGAAGAGGUGGCGGAGGAGGAGGAGGAAGAGGUAUUUUUCUCAGCUUGGAUCUUGAUCUUGGAUAGAUCGUUUUAAGGCUUGCUGGUUGAUUAUUUAUGAUGAUGUGUUGAAGGUGGAGAGUCUGGUGGAAGAGGCGGCUUUGCAGGAGGUAAAAGAGAAACUACUUCACAUUCAGAAAAAUGUAAGAUUUCAUCUACUCAGCUCUAAGCGCGUCUCUUCAUCUCAGGCUACCGUGAAAAUGACGAGGAAAGUUUUGGUAAAGGUUUCAACAAAGGCGGAGAAAAAGAGAGAGAAGGCGGCGAUCCGGAGAGUAAGUCCGUGACAAAUAAGCUGGGAUUAUUUGAACCCUUCUGCUUUGAACAAUAACUUCUCCUUGCACCAUGUAAAGUUGUUCUGUUCUGACCUGCAGAACCGCAAGUGACAUACAUCCCCCCGACACUCCCCGAAGACGAAGAUUCCGUUUUUGCCCACUACAAGCAGGGUAUAAACUUCGACAAGUACGAUGAAAUCACAGUGGAUGUCAGCGGGACGAAUGCGCCGCUGGCUAUAAUGGUAAAGAAGAUGAAAUAACACGAGGAAUCAUCAGUCUGUCUUAUUUUGGUAUCUCAGAAUCUUUAAAUACGACAAAGUAGGGCAGCGUAGAUGGAACCAUUUCUAACUCGAACCUUUCUUCCCUCAGACUUUUGAGGAGGCCGCUUUGUGCGACUCCCUGAAAAGAAAUGUCAGCAAGUCUGGUUACGUGAAGCCGACCCCGGUGCAGAAACACGGCAUCCCGAUCAUCUCUGCCGGCAGAGACCUGAUGGCCUGCGCCCAGACCGGUUCUGGUAAAACGGUAAGAAGGCAGAAAGUGACCAAAAGACUUUAAAAAUUUUUCUCAUGAUGUUUUUGUUCAGGGUUUCAUUUUCUCCCCGCCCUCCUCUAGGCGGCGUUCUUGCUCCCGAUUCUGCAGCAGCUGAUGGCAGACGGUGUGGCAGCGAGUAAAUUCGUGGAGCUGCAGGAGCCCGAGGUUAUCAUCGUGGCCCCGACCCGAGAGCUCAUCAACCAGAUUUACCUGGAGGCCAGAAAGUUUGCUUUUGGGUCUGUUGUAAAGAUCAUUACCCUCUGAAAGUCCUCCUAAAUGCUGCAGUUUAAUGACCACAUUUUGAAUAUAUUUCAUGAGCCCUUUCCUUGGGCAGUAUUUUAAUUUUUCUUGUAAACUUGAGGCCUCCAUUAAAAAAAUAAAAAAAUUGCAGUGCUUUUUAAAAAUGGAACAUUUUUCAAUGAUUUCUUAAAGCAUGUUAUCCAGGCUCUUAAUAUGACUUUUAAUUUUGCCAGGACGGUUGUGCGACCAGUUGUGGUUUACGGCGGCGUCAGCACUGGGCACCAGAUCAGAGACAUUUGCCGAGGGUGCAACGUGCUGUGUGGAACACCAGGGAGACUCUUGGACAUGAUCGGCAGAGGAAAGGUCGUCUCAGUCAGAGUUUGAGCAGUUCUUGCUCAGAUUUGUAAAGCUCUUGUAGGAUGCUUUUUCCAAACUUUUGUGCCACCUCUUUCAAACCCUUGGAUAACUUUUAACAGGAUGUCUUUUUUUUAUAAAGAGACAUGGGUUUGAAUUUCACUUGGUUUUGGCUCCAGCUCUCUCCUCUUAAAACUAUCGUAUGUGUUCCCUGCAGGUCGGCCUGACUAAGAUCCGGUACUUGGUCCUGGAUGAGGCAGACCGAAUGCUGGAUAUGGGUUUUGAGGCUGACAUGCGCCGCCUGGUGGGCUCACCUGGAAUGCCAUCAAAAGAGGACCGUCAGACUCUGAUGUUCAGUGCCACCUUCCCCGAGGACAUCCAGAGGUCUGUAAAAAAAACACACCUUUAGUCUCCACCUGUCCUCCCAGAAUUCUACUUUAAAUGUAAAAUCAUGACUGUUAAUUCUCUGACAGGCUGGCCGCUGAGUUCCUGAAGACAGACUACCUGUUCCUGGCUGUGGGGAUAGUGGGCGGAGCCUGCACAGAUGUAGAGCAGAAGUUUCUCCAAGUCCCCAAGUUCUCCAAGAGGGAGGCGCUCAUCGAUUUCCUCAAGACCACCGGUGAGGAUGUUUUUGCUUCUAUUUCAGGCUUUUUCCAAGUUUGGAGAUGCAAAUAUACAAACUCCAAGAUACAUGUUUUGCACAACUGUAGAUUACAGUAAAUGUCUUGAGAGGAAUAUUCGAUUAUUAUCUUUGAAUAUGACAUUAAUGCACUCAUUGAUAGGGGCAUCCCCACCUUUUAAUAGUAUGAAAAUAAAGAAAAACUAAAGAUUAUUUAAGAGAUUAAACAUGAAAUUAAUUUUAAAACAAUCUCAUAUCUCAAGCCCAUAUUUUCAUUUCAGGGACUUAACCUCUGGAAGAACACUAACAGAUAAGAACGUAGAAAAAUGAAUGAUCUGUAAUUAACAUUGGGAACAUUUGUCUGUGUGUUGCAGGAACGGAGCGCACCAUGGUGUUUGUGGAGACCAAGAGAAUGGCUGAUUUUAUCGCCACCUUUCUGUGUCAGGAGGAGGUUCCCACCACCAGCAUCCACGGGUGAGUGAAGUUUCCAGAAGUUAACUUUGUUUAAACGCCGAUAUUAACUUGGGAAAAUUUGUCGUCUUUCAGCGACCGUGAGCAGCGGGAGAGAGAGCUCGCCCUCGCAGACUUCCGCUCGGGUAAAUGUCCGGUCCUCGUGGCGACUUCAGUUGCCGCCCGUGGUUUGGAUAUCCCAGAUGUGCAGCAUGUGGUGAACUUUGACCUCCCCGUCGGCAUCGAUGAUUACGUCCACCGUAUAGGAAGGACGGGCCGCUGUGGAAACAUUGGGAAGGCAGUGUCCUUCUUUGACCCGGAGAAAGAUGCACAGCUGGCUCGCCCGCUGGUCACAAUCCUGUCCAAAGUAAGAGCUUGUUCAUUGUGUAGCACUGGCACAUGUGAGAAAAUCAAAUUUUAAACUGGAUUCUUUGGCACUGUUUGCUUUAAGGUCCUUACGCACUGGGGCUGACACAAAUAUAGAGCGCAAAAUCACGAAAUACUCAGAGGCAAAUUUUGACGCGCCUGAUCAUACACAUCAAGCCUGAUUCGAUUUUGUGACUUUCCGGGGGGAAAAGACGCAUCCCGGGGAAGAUAUUUCCGGGGGGGAAAGUCCAGCCUCCUUUGCCUCUGAUUGGCUAGAAAAUCUGGAAACGUCAUCACGCGCUCAAGCCAAACAGUCAGCACUUACAGCCAAUCAGAGGCGAAGGAGGGCGGGACCUUCCCGUAACAACCUACAGUGAGAAGACAAAAAUGGAGUCUAGCAAUACCAGAUAAGCACGUGAAACUAUGGUAACAACUGUUAGCUUACGUUAGCACAGAUGAAAGUUAAAACAAAGAUGUGUAGCAAACAAACAUCACAAAACAUCGUCGUAUGAGAAAUCUGAUGCUAUGACUCUCCACAAGUUGUCCUUAAGGUCGUUAUCUUUGUAAUAUUUGUGUAAACGAUCAUAAACAAUUAGCCGGUCGGCCAUGUUGGAUAUACCGGUGAAUCUGACGUCGCAACAACACACAAUCUGAUUGGUCAUAGGUGGACACGCACAGUAUGCGAAACUUAAAAAAAUCGACCAUGAUCCGGAAAAAAAAAUGCUGCAAUAUCGCAGAACGGAAAAACGUCGCUGAUGUGAACGCUUGUAUUGACAGGAUACGGGUUUGAAAAAAAUAUUGACGUCUGAAAUAAUCGCACGGCAAAAACCGUCCCGGUGUGAAAGGACCUUUUUAAAAUGUGUUAAUUUUUUUUUGCCUGUUAAUCUACUUGAACAGGCCCAACAAGAGGUUCCUGCAUGGUUAGAGGAGUCCGCAUUCAGCGGUGGCGGCUCCAGCACAGGCUUCAAGAACCUGAACUCCUCUGAUUCCAGGAAGGUAACCAAAUUUCUUGUGAUAUUUUGAGUGCAUAUUGUGUUUUCAGUGUCCUCACUCUGCUUUCACGGCUCUUUCCAGAACAACAACAACAACAACACCUGGGACCAACCAGCUCCAGCUCCAGCUCAGGAGGAGGAAUCAUGGGAUUGAUGAGAACACUGUAGCACACCCACACAGCACUGUUCGGAGUUUUCUUUGCACUCAGACGUUCAGCUUGUUCUAGUUGUAUCAGUGAUUUUGUUUUACAGUUUUAACUUUGUCUGACUUGAGAAAAUCAAAAUGCUAAACAGAGACGAAGUGUUAGAAGAAAGUUGGGUCCUUAUUAGCCUUCUCUGACAGAGCAUAUCAUUCAGAGGUUGUUUUAUUUUUUUUUUAUUGUUUUAUUUUUUAAGUCUUUACUUGGACUCAAAAUAAGGUUCAUAAGGAAAACGGUGUGUCUGAACAAACUUCAAUUUUUGAGAAUGUCAAAUUCCAAAAUGUUUGUUUCCUCUUUGGAUAAAUAUAACCAAUAAAUAAGAUGUUCAAAGCAGA